AUGUCUUCAAUCUUGACCUCUCAAGGCAUGGUUUUGGCUACAGCCAUGGCUGUUUCUGGUACUUUCAUUCUUCUCGCUCUUCGACUCCAAAAAUCCCCCUCGACUUACGAGCUUUCGGAAUCUCCUCGAUCUUGCCUCUCAUCAGGGAAGAAGAAGGAGAAAAAGAAGAAGAAGAAGAAGAGAGUGCAUUUUGCAGAAGAUGUGGUGGACCCAGUUGGGAACAGUGAUGAAUACAGAAGAUCACAUAGUAAUAAUUGUGCAAAAAUUAAUUUGGAGUCAAAUUCAAAGGCAAGUGGGAAACUGCAAGAAAUGCCAGCAAAUAGAGUGGCACUAUACAAUGGAAUUCUUAAGGAACGAGUGCUUCGUAGGGUGGCCUAUUCGUGUUGA